GCCUGCACCCCUUUGUGAACUGCGGGGUCAAGCUUGCUAAGUGAAUGGUGCCGCGCGACACCGCCAAAACUUUUUUCUCGCCAGCAGAAGUUCAAGCGCAUUCCUCGGCGGCACAACUACCCCUACCCAAGGUUUAUUUCCGAGGAAACUUGCUGCCUCUACGCUUUCAAAAGCUUGCGUCUUUGUAUAUCCGGAACACGUUCCCCACGGCAAUCACCCGCACCCGCUUGCGCCGUCCGAAGCACACAGCCCACAAUGGGCAAAGUCAAGACGCCCCGACGGGCGGGCGCCGCGUCCAGCUCACCCUACGACCGAAAAGGCGGCAACAACGCUGCGGCUGCGGCCGCCGCGGCUCCCACCAAGAACAACGUGUUCCGCUUCAAAAAGGACUACGGUCAACACAUCCUCAAGAACCCGGGCAUAGCCGAGGAGAUCGUCAAAAAGGCGUACCUGCGGCCGACGGACACGGUGCUCGAGGUUGGACCGGGAACCGGCAACCUGUCGGUCAAGAUCCUCGAGCGCGCGCAAAAGCUGAUCGCCGUCGAGCUCGACCCGCGCAUGGGUGCCGAGCUGACCAAGCGUGUGCAGGGAAAGCCGGAGCAGAGGAAGCUCGAGGUCAUACUGGGAGACGUCAUCAAGGCGGACCUGCCGCCGUUUGACGUUCUCAUCAGCAACACCCCUUAUCAGAUCUCCAGUCCGUUGGUGUUCAAGAUGCUGGCGCUGCCGAACCCGCCCAGAUGCAUGGUGCUCAUGUUUCAGAGGGAGUUUUCGUCCAGGUUGACGGCCAGGCCUGGGGAGGCGCUCUAUUCGCGAUUGUCCGUCAACGUCCAGCUCUUUUCCAAAGUCACACACAUCAUGAAAGUCGGCAAGGCAAACUUCAAACCCCCUCCGCAGGUCGAAUCGUCCGUCGUGCGCAUCGAGCCCAAGCUCGGCCGCGAGCGACCAAACGUGUCGUGGGAGGAGUGGGACGGCAUGUUGCGCGUGUGCUUCAACCGCAAGAACAAGACGCUGCACGCCUCCUUCCUCGGCGUCAAGGAGGUCCUCGCCAUGGCCGAGCGCAACUACAAGGUCUGGUGCACCAUGAAUGACAUACCCAUUGACGAGAGCGUCGUCGAGACGACCGACGGAGACGUCGAGAUGGAUGCUGAUGACGGAGAGUGGGGCGGUAUCAUGGAUGUUGAUGAGGAUGGAGGUGACGCCGGUGAUGACGACGACGUUCCGGAAUUCUUCAAGGAAAAGGCCCCGGCUCCAGUAGCCAAGACGCCCAGCAAGAGGAAAAAGACAAAGGUUGGGGAGCUGGUCAGGAGCAAGAUUGAAAAGGUCCUCAAGGACACGGACCUGGCCGAGCAGCGUGCCAACAAGUGCGACCAGAACGACUUUUUGAGGCUGUUGGCUGCGUUCAACGCCGAAGGCAUUCACUUUGCAUGAGCGUCCUUGUUUUCGUCUUUUCUUUCUUCUUCAUGCUGGGUUGGCAUUUUAUUGGUUGGACCGGGCGGCGUUGGGAGUUUGUCGGCAAGAUAAAAAAAAAGAAAGUUGCAUGUUCUUUUGCCAUGGCAUUUAGUAUGCGGCGUAUGGAAAAUAAUUGGUUAUUGCACAAUAUGUGGUUGUGAUACCCCUUAAUGAUCAUCAAUCAUAUUACGACUGUUUCUGUGUUCCA